ACACCGGAAAGCACACCCACUGUUUGGAGGAGAAAAAUUUCGGAAAAUAAAACGGCUGGUUACCAAUUGACGCGUCGCAAUUGGUGCACCUCCAUCUGCAGCGAUGUUCACCGCAUUCACAGACUUGGCCCGCCUGUGCAGGAUCUGCCUGCGUCAUUUGCGGGAUCGGGAGAGCCAGUGUCCCGAUCCGCGACUCAUUGCGAUGCUCCAAAAGUUUCUCGACAUCGACAUCCUGCAGCAGCCGCAGGGGUUCCCCACUGAAAUCUGCAAUCUGUGUCACAAUGCGGUGGCCUACUUCGAGGAACUGUGCCAAGUGGCAAGGGAAUCCAGCCAGAAACUCAGUGAAUGGCAUCACAAGGAUACUUUAAUGGACAGGGUCAAGGAGGAACCACUGGAGGAUGGGCUAGAGGAAACUCCAAAAGAAAGCCAGCAGGAUCUGGAGAAAGGGCAGGAAAACUUGGAGGAUGAUCUGCGAGAAGGGUUGGUAGAAAAAGAAGAGGUUCGAGAGGACCAGGACGAACAGGAGUACCCAGACGAGUACCAGGACAGCCAGGAGCAGAUGGAUCAGCCCUCAACGAACAAAAGGCGCGCCGGUUUGGCCUGCGAUCAGUGCGGCAAGCAGGUGUACAAGCUGCCCUAUUUGGAGGCCCACAUUCGCAGCGUUCAUCAAGGCUAUUCGAAGCCCUUCCUGUGCCGCAGCUGUGACAAAUGCUUUACGCGGUACGAACAGCUGCGCUCCCACAUGCGCAAUGCCCAUCCGCAGCUGGAGCAACUGCAGCAGGAGCUGCGGGAACUCAUUUGCGAGCUGUGCAAUCGGCAGUAUAGCACGAAAAACGCCUUGGGCGAGCACCUGAAACGGCAUGCCCAGCACAAGGAGCACGUGUGCGAGCACUGUGGCGUGGCCAAGGUGACGCGAACGGAGCUGCUGACCCACCUGCGCACCCACAAUCCCACUUGGGAGCGCUUCAAGUGCGAACAGUGUCCGCAGUUGUUUCGCCACAAAAGCGCAAUUAGCCGGCAUGUUCGCGUCGUUCACGAGGGUCAAAGGAGGUUCCAGUGCGGUCAUUGUGAGAAGAAGUUCGGCACUCAUGCCUCGCAGGUGCGGCACGAGCGGCUGCAUGCGGAAACCAUCGAGGGAGGCAGCGGAGCUCCUCCGGACUGGCCCUUUGCUUGUGUCCAUUGUCAGAAGGCCUGUGUUUCGCGGCAGACUCUGGAGCUGCAUCUCAGACGGCACAGCAGUCGAAGAAGUCACAGAAAAAGGAAGGAUAAGCAGAAUCAGGAGGAGGAGCGUCAGCAGAAUCAGGAGGAGGAACGUCAGCAGAAUCAGGAGGAGAAGGAGGAAGAGGAGGAGCAUCUGCCAAAUCAGGAGGGAGAGAAGGAUCUAGAGGAGCCGGCGGACAGCCAGGAUCAUCCUCACAAGAAGAAAAAGCUAAGGAAGAGCAAACAAUCUAAUAAACCGCAAAAGGAGAGACAAAAAGAUCAAGAGUUUCAGGAGCAAACGCAGGAGUUUAACCAGGAUGCACUAGAGGACUGGCAGCACAAAACAGAACCUGAGGAUCCAGAAGAUCCACAAUGGGAGCACAAAUUGGAGCAGGAGCAUUCAGAAAGGGAGAAAUCAGAAGAGCAUAACCACGACUAUAAAUUUAAGCCUUCAGUAACCUUAUGAUUAACAAUCCAAAUAUGUACAAGAACAAGGCAGAAUAUUCCACAGUGUCUCACGAAUUAGCAAAAAUUGUUAAAUAAUAAGCGAUUUACCGCGUGGUUGAUUUUACAAUUUAUU